AUGGAGAAUGACAGUUCUCUUGUGACUGAACUAGCUGAGGGUGCUAUGGUAAAACCUACCAUUUUCCCAAAAGCUGGAUAUGGAGUCUUGGCUUUUCUGAUGUUUCUCAAUGCUUUGUUUUCAAUAUUUAAUAAUUUUUUGGUUAUUGCUGUAACCCUGAAGAAUCCUCAGCUCCGUAAUCCCAUCAACAUGUUCAUUCUUAACCUCUCCUUUUCGGAUCUUAUGAUGUCCCUGUGUGGCACCACUAUUGUUAUAGCUACAAACUACUAUGGAUAUUUCUACCUGGGCCGAAAAUUCUGCAUUUUCCAGGGAUUUGCAGUCAAUUAUUUUGGAAUUGUGUCUCUCUGGUCUUUGACUAUUUUAGCAUAUGAAAGAUACAAUGUGGUAUGCCAACCUUUGGGAACCCUCCAGAUGAGUACAAAAAGAGGUUACCAGCUACUUGGUUUUAUCUGGGUUUUCUGUCUUUUUUGGGCUGUGGUGCCCCUCUUUGGUUGGAGCUCAUAUGGCCCUGAAGGAGUUCAGACCUCAUGCUCUAUUGGAUGGGAAGAAAGAUCCUGGAGCAACUACAGCUAUCUGAUAGUAUAUUUUCUCUCCUGCUUCUUCAUUCCUGUUUUGAUCAUUGGAUUUUCUUAUGGUAAUGUCAUUAGGUCUUUGCAUGGGCUUAACAAGAAAGUUGAACAACUGGGAGGAAAAAGUAGCCCUGAAGAAGAAUUCCGAGCUGUGAUUAUGGUGCUAGUGAUGGUGGUAGCAUUUAUGAUCUGUUGGUUGCCAUACACUGUCUUUGCUCUGAUUGUUGUCUUUAAUCCAGCACUAAAUAUUUCACCUUUGGCUGCAACAAUCCCAACAUAUCUCUCAAAGACAAGUCCAGUAUACAACCCCAUCAUCUACAUCUUCUUGAACAAACAGUUUCGUGACUGUGCGGUUGAAUUUAUAACCUGUGGCCAAGUGGUUCUAACCAGCCCAGAAGAAGACAUUUCAACUUCAGCAAUUCCAGAUGAAGGCAAAGCACCGUGUAAGAUAAACCAAGUGACUCCUGUUUGAUAAGAAUUUGUCUCAAAAUCCAUUUACUAAAUUGUACAAUAUUCCAUAUAGUUUCAACUGGAGAAGG